UCUGGAUAUGGAAAUGGAUCCUGCCCAGAAAAUGAAAGGCCGCUAGGUGUCCGAGCUGCUAUGUAUUCAUUUAUGGCAGCAGCCAUAUUCAUCACAGUGUUUGGCAAUCUUGCCAUGAUAAUUUCCAUUUCCUUCUUCAAGCAGCUUCACACACCAACCAACUUCCUCAUCCUUUCCAUGGCAGUCACGGAUUUCCUCCUGGGGCUCGCCAUCAUGCCCUACAGUAUGGUCAGAUCGGUGGAGACUUGCUGGUAUUUUGGGCUUACAUUUUGCAAGAUUCAUUAUAGUUUUGACCUGAUGCUGAGCAUAACGUCCAUUUUCCAUCUUUGCUCCGUGGCUGUUGAUAGAUUUUAUGCUAUCUGUUACCCUUUACGUUAUUCCACAAAAAUGACGAUUCCUGUCAUUAAGCGGUUGCUCCUUCUCUGCUGGUCUGUCCCCGGAGCAUUCGCUUUUGGGGUGGUCUUCUCUGAGGCCUACGCCGAUGGGAUAGAAGGCUACGACAUCUUGGUGGCUUGUUCCAGUUCCUGCCCAGUGAUGUUCAACAAGCUGUGGGGAACCACCUUGUUCAUGGCAGGGUUCUUCACUCCUGGGUCUGUGAUGGUGGGGAUUUAUGGCAAGAUUUUUGCAGUAUCAAGAAAACAUGCUCGUGCAAUCAAUAACUUGCCCGAAAAUCAAAAUAAUCAAAUGAGGAAAGACAAAAAAGCGGCCAAAACUUUAGGAAUAGUGAUGGGCGUUUUCUUGUUAUGCUGGUUUCCCUGUUUCUUCACGAUUUUAUUGGAUCCGUUUUUGAACUUCUCUACUCCUGUCGUUUUGUUUGAUGCUUUGACAUGGUUUGGCUAUUUUAACUCCACAUGUAAUCCCUUAAUAUAUGGUUUCUUCUAUCCCUGGUUUCGCAGAGCGCUAAAGUACAUUUUACUAGGUAAAAUUUUCAGCUCACAUUUCCAUACUACUAAUCUGUUUACUCAAAAAGAAACUGAAUAG